AUAAGAUAUGUGCUCCACGAUAAAAGCUGACUGAUUACGAUUGUUAUUCUUGCUGUCGUCACAAGCACUUUUUUUGUGAAGAUAGUAGAAAAAUUGGAAAGAUUGUUUCAAGCUUUCUCGAUUUUGAAGAGAAAAAAGCACGUUCGAAUAAUGGAGCGCUGGCAGGGUCGUGUGGCUUUGGUGACUGGGGCGUCUGCUGGGAUUGGUGCCGGAAUUUGCAGAACACUCGUCAAGCAUGGAAUGGUCGUGGUGGGCUGCGCGAGGAGCACCCACCGAAUUGAAGCCAUCGCCCAAGAAGAUGACGUCAAAAAUGCCCCCGGAAAGUUGCACGCUAUCAAAUGUGACCUGACAAAGGAAUCGGAAAUCCAGCACUUGUUCGAGGAAAUUCGCCAGAGAUUCGGCCGGAUCGACGUCUGCAUCAACAACGCCGGAUUCAGUCACAGCAGCACGCUACUGACUGGAGAGAUGAGUCAAUGGAGGGAAAUGCUCGAGGUAAACAUUUUAGCCCUCUGCAUGUGCUCCAAAGAAGCAGUAAAAUUAAUGAAAGAGAAAAACAUCGACGACGGGCAGAUUAUUCAAAUCAGCAGCACUGGUGGUCACCUUUUAGUGCCUGCAGAACUAGCUUCCUUCAACUUCUACUGCGCAACAAAGUUCAUGGUGCAGACCCUCACGGAAGGUCUAAGACGAGAACUCAGAAGUUUAAAGAGUCACAUUCGAGUUACGGCAAUUGCUCCAGGUAUGGUGAAAACGGAGUUUCUCAAAAGGACCUUUGGCGAGGAAGAAAAGAAAUUUAGCGAUGAUUUUCAAGAAAUGGUCCCUCUGCUCCCUGAAGACAUAGGAAACGCGGUCGCAUACAUUCUAUCAACACCCCCUCAUGUUGACGUCAAUGAUAUCAUCAUACGCCCAGUUGAACAAGAAUUUUAGCGUAUAUAGUAAUGGAGUCGAAUCCAGUUUUAACGAAGAAUCUGAUAUAACGAAGGCUUCAAGUUUCGUAACUUAUAUUAACAUAAGGUCAUGGUAAUUUCAGUGGUAUGAAAUUUGUUUUCAAUGAAAUGGCUUCAACAGUUCCUUCAACUUCGUUGAAACUAAAAAGAGUGUUUCCCUGCAAAAUGCAAGAAAAUGUUUCAAAUGUAUAAAUUAAGCAAUGAAAUACUUUCAAAAUAAAAUGUUUAAUUAAAU